GAUUACAGCACUAGCACUAGCAUUACUCAUUCAUUCAGGUUCAUUCACUCUCAGAGUAUUAUUUAAGGGCUUUCUGCAACUCCCUCUCUUAGAAUCAUCUCUGCUCGGAUUCUUAUUAGAGACCUUUUCACUCAGGAACACGCUGAGACUUUCAAGGAAACAGCUGGGGAAUCCUAAUUCAAAGAAAUGCUUUCCUUUGUGAUCCUGUGUUUUGCUCUCUGGUCUGCCUCAUCUAGUCAGAACCAGGAUGAGUACGAUGACCUCUUUUUCUUCAAUUUUGACAAUGAAGUUGAAAGUGUAAUUCCUGCAACGGAAGAAAGUAUUUCGUGCGAUUGCCAGCGAGAACACACAGAAUGGGACAAACUCUUCAUCAUGCUUGAGAACUCGCAGAUGAAAGAGAAUAUGCUGCUCCAGUCCCUCGAUGAAAUCCUUAAGGUGGAGCUGCAAGCGGUGAGAGUGGAAAUGCUCCAGUUAGUGCAAAACUUGGCUGGCACGUGCACCACUUCGACAGAGAAAGCUGCCUCCCAAAUCGUGAACCAAAUGGGCCAGAUGCUGGCAAAAAACAGCAGGCAAACUGAGGGCUUCCCUGGGGUGCCUCAUGUAUCUGCGGAAGGGAAGAUCCUCAAAGAGAUUCUGCAGCUGAGCCAAAACAUGUCCAGCAGGCUCGGCCACAUUGAGCACACUUGGCAGAGGGGAGCUGAGGUGGAUGCGCAGCAGAGGGGCUUUCUGCAGAGAGACCGAUCCAGCGACAAGGCAAGUGGGGGCGGUUCCAUCCUGAAUUUGCUAUGGCAAGAACUGCAGGAAACCAAAGCUGAACUGAAAGAAGCCCAAAAAAGGACCACACAGCACUUGUUGCCAUUUGGUUGUGACAUGGCCCUUUUAUUCCCAAUGCGCUCCAAAAAGAUAUAUGCGAGUGUUCACCCAACUUCCACAAUGGUGCUCUACUCCUUCACUGUCUGCACAUGGGUUAAAGUGACGGAAAUUCUAGACAAAACUAUUGUAUUCUCCUAUGGAACAAAGAUAAAUCCCCAUGAAAUUCAGCUGUAUCUGAGCAAUGAUUCAGCUGUUCUUGCUGUAAGCAAUGACAACAACAAGGUCAUUGCCCAACAUGUCGUCUCUUCUGGACGAUGGAUUCACCUUUGUGGCAUUUGGAGCACAGUUAAUGGAAGUAUUUCACUGUGGGUAAACGGAAAGGUGGCGGCUGCUUCCACAGAAAUUGCUGAGGACCACAUCAUUCCAGAUGGUGGGAUUUUGAAGAUUGGCCAAGAAAAGAAUCGCUGCUGUGAUGGAGGCAGUCUCAAUGAAUCUUUAGCUUUCUCUGGGAAGAUAACUGGCUUUAAUAUUUGGGACAGAGUCCUCAGUGGCAAAGAGAUAACAAGACAAGCUGGAGAAGAGGCUUGUAACAUUCGCGGCAACUUAGUUGGGUGGGGGGUUACAGAGCUUCUGCCUCAUGGAGGAGCUCAGUAUGUUUUUGGGCUCUGAACAGAUGCCCUUCAAAAGUCCAUGUAAAGACAUCAAAUGCAGAAAAUCUAGGAAGCCUGAAUGUUUAAAGAACUGGUUCUACAAAAGAGCUUCCACAGGGAAGUUGCUUUAAUUCUCAAUAGACAAACAGUAAUAGGGGGGGGGGGUGC